AACAAACAGCUGACAGUCGAGAGUCAACACACCUCCUCCAUGCAUAAUAAGCAGACGGAGUGCAGCCCAACCUUUUCUGUCAAAACAGAAAGUCAUACCGAGUGCAAAUGACACCCAGGUACCUGCCUUAGCUGAGGAAUAUUCGGUUUUCGGUAUAUUUGGGUGCCUGGAUUCCAGGUGCAUCGGUCAGACAGUAAUGCUACUCUGUCAUGUUCGUGAUCCUGAAGUGCUUGGUGCCCGCUUUGCUAUUUGCCCUGUUUCUAUUAACAACUUCUGGACAGGCUAAAAGACAAGGGUCCGACAACGGGUCUUUAGAUCGCACCUAUAGACCUGACGGCCCGCUCGUCAAAUGCUCGUUUCUACCAUUGGAGUUUUUAGAUUGUGAAGAACCGGUGGAUCAUAAAGGUAACAAGUCUGCUCGAGAUGAUGCGGGACACGGAUGUGUCAAGUUUGGAGGAUCUCGUUAUGAAGACGUAGAGAAGACAAAGGUCAACUGCAAAGUAUUGCCAGAUAUUGAGUGCUAUGGAUCCCGCAAUUUCCUCAAAGAUGGAUUUCCUUGUAUCAAGUAUGGUGGACACUAUUUUACAACCACAAUCAUAUACAGUAUUCUUCUGGGGUUCCUGGGUAUGGAUCGCUUCUGCCUAGGACAAACAGGCACUGCUGUAGGUAAACUUUUAACACUUGGUGGAGUUGGUAUUUGGUGGAUUGUAGAUAUCAUACUUCUAGUAACUAAUGGGCUUGUACCAGAUGAUGGUACUAAUUGGAAUCCAAGAUCUUAACCCUUUUUAUAUAAUGAAAUAACUUUAAUUGACUGAAUGAUUUCUAAUUUUUUAAUAGUAUAACAGCAUGUUUUGUAAAGGUAUUGCUGAUAAUUUUCCACACAAUUUGCUAUCUCCAACUUUUGAAAUUGUGCACAAUGCCUCAAGGGGCAAAAUAAAGGAAUGGUGUGAUGGGGAAAAAAUUACACUGAUCAAACAGUGGAUAAAAAAAGGUAGAAUUAGAAAACCGAAGACUGGCAGUCAAAAGAAAUUUCACUCCCACAAAACAAGUAUAUUUCAACUUGGGACAGUUAAUUCAAAACUGUUUUAUUCAUAUCAAAACUGCCCUCUGUUAAGUCUCAUUUGUCUAGGAGGAUACACUAGGAAAACUUUUGAUGAAGAAAGCAUUCUUAACUAUUUCUGUAAGUGUGGAAAAGACAAGAAACGGUUUGUUCACAAAAUAGCCUGCAGUCAGAUUUGCAGAAAAUGCCUCUUAUUUAGAAGUUCUUUCAGACUUGAUUUGAUGUUUCCAACAAGAUUAAAAUUUGUGCUUUGUUUUAAAAAGCUAUAUUUGAUUCCUGCUCGUGUGCGAAAAAGAGCUGAGAGAAUCAACAAGAUUAUACCGUGAGAAAUGUAAGCUAAGCGAUUUAAUUAGUUUUGUGCUGCAAGCAACGUCAUUCAUUACUCCUUCCCAAAGUAUUCAAGUUAUUUGUUGCUGAGAAACAUGUCCGUAAUGUAUAGCAUAGCCUUUUCUUUGGUCAUAAAAAAGAAAAAAAACCUAAAUUGAAAACAUACCAACAGUCUUCCUCAGCAAAGUAGAUGUAUGUAUGUAUGUGUCUCUGAUACUCUCUCUGUGAUAAGUAGCGUUACUAGGUAGCUUGUAUUACAUUUGACAAAUAAUAUGCCAUCCUUAUUAGCUAUUUAUGGAUGCAAUUGUUUGGUUAAAUUUGGUCUAUUUGGUGUACUAUUAAAUCAAACCAGAAGCGUAUGAUUUCUUUGGGUAUCUCAAAUUCCAUAGGACAAUUGUAAGGCUACCUGUUUAAGGUGUUUACUGCAUAACUGUACCUAAAAAGCAUGCAUUUUUCUCUGUCUGGUUGAACAUUUUAGGAAAUGCAUUCAACUUCUUGCACAGCCAGUAAUCUGUCCAAGAAGUAAGUUUUGACGUGCAACUGUGUAAAAAUACUUUUUUGGUAGAACUUGCUGUUUUGUUCUAAAAUAUGUAUUAAGUCAUUGUAUAGAGCCAUGCUUAAUGGUUUUCCAUUUAUAUCAUGGCAUAAAACUCUGGUCUGUAAUCUUGUUUUCUUGUUGGUGUACAUAAAAGCUUCUUGGCAUCAGGGUGAAAAUAUUUUAAUUCAGUUUGUCCAUGAGCCAUAAUCAUAAAUUUUAUAAAUGUUAUUAUGAUGGUUAAUGUGAUUUCAAAUUUGAGAUGCUUAAAUAUUUAACUAAGAAUCGCACUAACCAUACAUGAAAGAUAGCUAUGAAUACUAUUUUUAUCAUGUUUUGUUGUGAUGCAUGCAUACUUCAUGUAGUGUUGCCCUAGCUUAUUUUCAACAUUUUCCACAUUGAUCAAUACAGAAAUAUUGUUAAAUCUAAAGUGAAAUAUUAUCACAUGUUCCUACUGCAUUUUGUAUUUGAUGUUCUCAUCCUUGUGCAUUUGUACUUUCCAAAUUGAUUUGUUCUACACCAUUGCUCAUUUUUCAGCGUGCUCUUAGCCACAAUUCAUUUGUCAUCAUUAAGCCAUGCAAUGCCUUAUUUAUAGUAACAAUUUUGACUUUGUGAACGAAUGUGUUUAUCUGGUGAAGUAAAUCACAGGAGCUUUGAUAUGGAAAGUAUUUCAUUAUUUUCAAUGUACAACCUACACUGUUUAUUGAGAAAUACAUACAAUGUUACUAAAAAGCA